UAUUGAGGGGGUGGUCUAACGCACUUCAACCCCAACAUCUUUUGUAAAUCUACCGAAGGUCAGUGGCUCAAAAAGUCAUACAACUGGGCAGUUUUAUCAAUGAUUGAAGUAGCGUUGUUUUUGACUCGAUUGCUUCUGAAUUUAGCGAAGCCCCCUCAACCUUUGUGGACCCUAAUGCAUCUGCUCCUCCGGGGGUGUACGAGUACAAAAAGACAGACACGGCACAAGGGAUCCAAUGCAUAGACCAGGACUGGGACGAGUGUGCGGGAAAUAACGAACUAACGGGCAUAAAUAAACUCUCUUAUAUUCCUGAGUCGAUGUCUUUUGCAUCUGUGCUCUGUUUCAAACUGACAUUCGCAACGUAUGAUCCAAAAGCAAAGACACUCGUCUCCGACUGCAAUGAAUGCCGAAAAGACAGUGUGAAAAAUCAAGGCAGUUGUCUCAACUGCAGAUUUGAAGUUGCAGCCACUACGUUCAAUGCACCCAGCCCGAAGAUCAUCUUUUUGGAGUGCAAGGAGUGGGAUAUGGAGGAGGGUGUGGUGUUCAUCUCAUUCAACAUCACCCACUUCCUCCAGGGAACCACCAUCCUGUACUACUCGCUCAUCGAGGACUCUAUUACGGAGACCGUCUUCUCAAAACUGGAAGAUUACACCUCUAUGGGGGGCUGUGACGAUGUGAAGAGUUACCCCGACAACAUCUGCUCCAUCCCCUGGGCCAUCAAGACCAACGUCACCCAGGACUCCCAGGGAUUGGACAUCAUCCCUGGAAAGGGCUACAAGCUGUCCAUCAAGAUACGAGUGGAUGUAGUGAAUUAUGAGUACUUGCAAACUGCUCCCAUGGUAUGUGAAUCAUACAUGUCCCCGCCCACCCUGAUGGAGGAUUUUAGGUGUGUGGUGAACAAACU